ACGAUUAUUAUCAUUGACAAUAAAAUUUUCACGGAUUAACUAUUCCUCGCUACUAGUAAGUAAUUUGUAUGUUUUCAGAUUUAGUAUUUUUGUUCUUCAUUGUUUGUUAAAUUAAUUAUUAUCAAACCGUGAAAACUGCUGUGAUCUAUUUAGCAAGUGUUGGAAUUUAAGGUUUAAGCACUGAAAAACAAGUGAAAUGGCUUCUUUUGACGAAAUAAAAAAUUUAUACCAAACUUUGAAAACGGAGUGGAAUAAAAGAAAACCCGAUUUUAAGCAAUGCAAUAGUAUACUGUUACAAAUCAAGGUUGGUAUGACCAAACAUACAUUUUUGCCAAUUAACAAUGUUGAAGCUAGUCAAAAAGAAUACUUAAUUGCUAGAGAUAUUUUGGAAGUUGGUGUGCAAUGCAGUAUUGCCAUGCAUGAUAUCCCAUCAUUUGAACGUUAUAUGGCUCAAUUAAAAUGUUACUAUUUGGAUUAUAGGGACAAAUUACCCGAGUCUGCAAACCAAUAUCAUUUAUUAGGACUCAAUUUGUUGUUCUUACUGUCACAAAAUCGAGUUGCUGAAUUUCAUACAGAGUUAGAACUUUUGCCGUAUGAUAUAGUUCAAACUAAUCCCUAUAUAAGACAUUCUGUUGCUCUUGAACAGUAUUUAAUGGAAGGCAGUUAUAAUAAAAUAUUUCAAGCAAAAACAAAUGUACCAUCAGAUACUUACAAUUUCUUCAUGAACAUACUAUUGAAUACAUUACGUAAUGAAAUUGCUGAAUGUUUACAAAAAGCAUAUAAAAAAGUGUCUUUCACUUCAGCAACUAAAAUGCUUAACUUUAAUAGUACUGCUGAAAUAAAUGAUUUUGCGAAUAAACGAAACUGGAUUUUGGGUCAAGAUGGUUACUAUGUUUUUAAUUUAGAAGAAGAAAAAAAAGCUGUAGAACCUUUACCUGCAUUACAGAUAGCAGAUUAUGCUUUACAUUAUGCUAAGGAGUUGGAAACUAUUGUAUAAUAAUUUAUCUUUCGUUAUAAUUUAUAAGAAUUUUUAUUUCUAAGUAUAAGAAAAAAUAAACAAUUAAAAUAGUAUCAA